CUCACUAUCCUCCCGCCCUGCGUCUCCGCCACCCAAAAAUCCUCCGCUCUCUUCCCCGUAAACCCCCAAUGGCGGCGGCCAGGACCCUCCUGGCCACCGUCAGCGGCGGCGCCGCGGUCGCCGGCCCUCGACGGUUGCGCUCCCGAGGGUCCCAGUCGACGUCGCUCGGCGUCGGCGGCGCCCACCUCGCCUGCCGGAGGCAGCUCCUCCUCGGUUCCUUCUCCGCUGCCGCCUUGUCUUCCCUGCCGAGUAGGCGGCUCCGCCGCACGCCGGUCGCCUCCGCCUCGUCGGACUCCACCGGGGAAGCAAAGCCUGUGGGAUUUGCAGAGAGAUACCCUGCUCUUGUGACUGGUUUCUUUUUCUUCAUGUGGUAUUUUCUGAACGUGAUAUUUAACAUCCUUAACAAGAAGAUCUUCGACUACUUCCCCUAUCCAUAUUUUGUGUCGGUGAGCCAUCUUUCGGUAGGAGUCUUGUACUGCCUUGUUGGCUGGACUUUUGGUCUCCCAAAGCGCGCGCCGAUCAACUCAACGGUUCUGAAGCUGCUAUUCCCAGUUGCUGUUUGCCAUGCUAUUGGUCAUGUAACAAGCACCGUGUCCUUUGCCGCUGUGGCUGUCUCAUUUGCCCACACCAUUAAGGCUCUUGAACCAUUUUUCAAUGCGGCUGCUUCACAGUUUAUCCUUGGCCAGCAAGUUCCGUUGACGCUGUGGUUCUCUCUUGUUCCAGUUGUGAUCGGUGUUUCAAUGGCAUCUCUCACUGAACUUUCAUUCAAUUGGACUGGUUUCAUUAAUGCCAUGAUUUCUAAUAUCUCCUUCACCUUACGGAGCGUUUACUCCAAGAAGGCUAUGACUGACAUGGAUAGCACUAACCUGUAUGCCUACAUCUCAAUAAUUGCUCUCCUUGUCUGCAUUCCUCCUGCAAUUAUUAUUGAAGGACCUCAGCUAGUGCAGCAUGGAUUCAAAGAUGCAAUUGCUAAAGUUGGACUAACAAAGUUGGUUUCUAAUCUCCUAGUGGUUGGCUUGUUCUAUCACCUUUAUAACCAGGUUGCUACAAACACAUUGGAACGGGUGACCCCUCUAACACAUGCUGUUGGCAAUGUGUUAAAACGUGUCUUCGUCAUUGGCUUCUCAAUCAUCGUUUUUGGCAACAGGAUUACCACACAAACAGGAAUUGGCACUUGUAUUGCAAUAGCUGGUGUUGCACUCUAUUCUUUUAUCAAGGCUAAGAUUGAAGAGGAGAAAACGAAAAUGAAGAGUGCAUAAGGAGUUGGUUCUGUGGAUAUGGUUGCGUAGCUGCUUUGAUCGAUCUUUUAACUGCAAGUCUGAAAUUCCAUUGCCUGGGUGCCUAUUGUAUCUAAUUUUGUUGUUUUUAUCAGUUUGGCUUUGAACAGCAAAAGCUGCAUAUGCAUAUUUUUCAUUUAUUUUACACGACAGCUGCUAAAAAAGACGCAGAAACAAAGGCUCAAUUUAUCCCAUUUCCCCCUUCCUCGUCUAUUCGGACUUCACAAUACCACAUACGUAGGACAUACUACCUAUUUACUGUUGAGGGUGUCAAGGAGAUAUUUACACUGUUAUAUUUGGAUUAUGUUCAUAGUGAAAGAAACUUUUCUAAAGACUAGUGCUGUUAUCACGACGCAAAAUGGCAUAUUUCAUU